AUGCUGAUUGCUUUAGGACAAAGAAAGAGAAAGUGGGAAGAAAGAACGAAAGACAUUGAAGAGCUAGCAUCUCAGUAUCAACAAAAGCCACUGUGCUCACAUUACAGACCACUGUUGUCCAAACCUUGGCAACCAUCCUCCAUCUGGAAGCUGUUUCAUCGCCAAAUCCAGGCAUUUAACUUUGCCAAGAAUUGUAAAGAGGAUGUUCAUGUAUUUGCAUUGGAAAAGAAUGCUGAAAAUAAGCAGAGGUUUUAUCUUGUGACAACAUACACAGAACUGUGGUUUUAUUACAACAAACAUUAUGAAACAAGUCUCAUGCACUGCUAUGAAGUUAUUCCAGAAAAUGCUGUUUGCAAACUGUACUUUGAUUUGGAAUUUUACAUAUCAACAAAUCCAGGAGCUGAUGGACAGCAGAUGGUUGCAGUCUUAAUAGAGUUCAUUUGUAAAAAAUUAAAACAAUACUAUGGAAUGAAAUGUUCAUCUGAAGAUGUUUUGAAUUUAGAUUCUAGCACUGAAGAAAAGUUUAGUUACCACUUAAUAUUUCAGCUCCACAAUGCUGCUUUUAAAAAUAAUAUUGAUAUAGGUAACUUUUUAAGAACAAUUUUUCAACCUGCUAUUCUUUUAAUUAAGAGUAAAGAUCCAUUGGUUCCAGAGGAAAAGGUGGUCUCUACUGUUUCUCAGAGUUAUGAAGAUACUUCUUAUUUGCCUAGUUGCCUUGAAAACCAGAUUGUAACCAAGGACAUGUCACAGAGUUGGCAGCUGAAUUCACACAGAAUACAGGAGAAAGAGACAUCACAACAAACAGAAAAUCCAAAUCUUUCUUUUCUAAUAGUGAAUGGAAAACAUGGAGGAAAGCAACUAUUUGUGGAUCUUGGUGUUUAUACAAAGAACAGAAAUUUCCGACUGUACAAAUCAUCAAAAGCAGGAAACGGUGUCAUUUUAGACAUUGCUAAAGAUAACAAGUUUGUUCCUGAAACUGUAAAGAAUACUUCUAUAGAAGAGCAGUAUUUCCUUUCCUCGUUGGUCUGUAAUGUGAGAUUUUCAAAUUGUUUAAAAAUUCUAUCCUGUGACAAUCUAGAAAAGACAAAAGAAAAGUCUGUUUGUUUAGAUGGCAGCCUUUCCAGAAGCAGCUCAGUCCCCAUUGGAGGAUGCCAAAGUUCGCCCUAUCCAGAAAUUGAUAACUUCAUUGUGUCUUUAGUCAGUAAAGAUAACAUUCAAGGAGGGAUACGACAAUGGAAUUAUUUUUCUCUUGAAGAGCUUCUUGUGUAUGACAUCUCUAAGUAUCGCUGGUGUAGAAAUAUUGGCAGAGCUCACAGAAGUAACAAUAUAAUGAUUAUAGUAGAUCUGAAAAGGGAGAUCUGGUAUCAAAAAUGUCAUGAUCCUGUUUGCAGAGCGGAAAACUUCAAGUCAGAAUGUUUUCCAUUACCAUCAAACAUAUGCCUUCCAUUCCUGUUCAAAGAGGAUGAAGACUAUGUAUAUAUAAUGGAUGGAAAUGGGAACAUAGAAGAAAAAGCCAACAUGCAUAAAUCUACAGGUUUGCCAUUAACAGCAAAACAUGAAAAAAUGGGACAAAACCAGAGAACUUCAAGUGUUGAGUUAGAUGAUGAGCUUGAUGACAUAUGUUUUUUGGAAGCUUCAGAAGAUGUGGAACUAGCUGAUGCUGUUACUAAUUUGCAUCCUCACAAGAACUGGGCUGUUGAUGAAAUACCAGAUGAGCUCCUAAUAGAUGCUUUAAAAAAACAAGAAGUUGAUGAAGUGCAGGUGUAGGCCAACAAACAAUUAACU